AUGCCAAUAAACACACCCGGUACGCCCUAUUCACCCAUCACUCCAAAUUCCCCAAUUCCGAUCACGUCCCCAAGCACUGCUUCGAGCUCUACAGGCGGUGGUGCCCCAAAACGUUACCAGCUACUUAGAGACCUGUACGAGAACACAGAAGAAAAUCAGAUACCCACUGAAGAACUCAUGAUGAUACGCAACAAUGAAGAACCUGCAUCAUAUACAGAAGCAUGUAAGAAAAAACGAAUGGAUAAAGGAAGUUGUGAUCAAAGUAUUCAGAACUUCAAGAAAGAUAUGAGUGUCAAAUUCGAGAUGAGCGAUCUGGGUCUGUUGACUUACUACCUGGGUAUUGAGGUAAAUCAACAAAAUACAGGCAUCACACUGAAGCAGGAAGCAUAUGCAAAAAGUAUCCUUGCCAAGACUCGAAUGCUAGACUGCAAUCCCACCAAAAGCCCGAUGGAACACAAAUUGAAGCUAAGAAAAGAUGAAGAAGGAGAAUUGGUAAAUCCCACAGAAUACAGGAGCUUAGUUGGAGGACUAAGAUACUUGACACAUACCCGUCCUGACAUCACAUUUGUAGUUGGAGUAGUCAGCCGGUUCAUGGAAAAACCAACAAUAAAGCAUCUUCAAGCCGUAAAAACCAUACUAAGCCUUCUACACUUAAUGCUUCAUAAACACAUGGGAAAGUGUGCUUUCCUAAACUCAUAUAAGAUUCUUGGGAAAGCCUGUAAGGAAACUCCGAUUGAUGUUGUCAAUUAUCUCGUUGAUGCGAUGCAACUUCAUCAUGGAAAAUCGUUUCUUAUCGCACCAUACCUGCAAAGAUUACUACUACGCAUUGGGUCCUGA